AUGGCCAGCGUGGUGGUGAAGACAAUCUGGCAGUCCAAAGAGAUCCACGAGGCCGGAGAUCCCCCUGCGGGGAUGGAAAGCCGCUCCCAGCUGAUCCCAGAGGCCCCCGGGGGGGUGAUCAGCUCAGCCAAGGCGAUCAAGAAAAAGAAGGCCGUGUCGUUCCACGGGGUGGAGCCCCGGAUGUCCCAUGAGCCCAUGCACUGGUGCCUGAACCUCAAACGAUCCUCAGCCUGCACCAAUGUGUCCCUGCUCAACCUCGCUGCCACGGAGACCACGGACUCCUCGGGAACAGACUCCACCACGGAAGACAGCAGUGGCCCUCCAGCACUGCCAGGGCCUCCUCCCUCCCCCACUCCACCCUGGGCUUCUGAUGACCCUGACAUUACGGAGAUACUGAGCGGAGUCAACAAUGGAUUGGUCCGAGCCAAAGACUCCAUCACCAGCCUGAAAGAAAAGACGACCAGGGUUAACCAGCACGUGCAAUCGCUGCAGAGCGAGUGUUCCGUGCUGAGUGAGAAUCUAGAGAGAAGACGGCAAGAGGCAGAAGAACUGGAGGGCUACUGCAGUCAACUCAAGGAGAACUGCCGGAAGGUGACCCGGUCGGUGGAAGAUGCUGAAAUCAAAACCAAUGUCCUGAAGCAGAACUCAGCCCUGCUGGAGGAGAAGCUGCGCUAUCUCCAGCAGCAACUGCAGGAUGAGACUCCACGGAGGCAGGAGGCUGAGCUGCAGGAGCUGGAGCAGAAACUGGAAGCCGGCCUCUCCCGGCACGCCUUGAGCCCCGCGACCCCGCCCCAGAGCUGCUCGGGCCCUCCCGGGAGCCCCGAUGAACUCCCUCGGCGUAGCAUGGCGCUCAGCGGCUGGGGAAUGGGGUCCCGGCCAGGAGAGAGCCCCAUUUCGAGCGACCCUGAGUUGCAAAAAGUCAGCUCUGGUUUAGAGGAAUUACGGAGGGAUGUGUCCUCGUUGACUGCUCGAUGGCAUCAGGAGGAGGGCGCAGUGCAAGAGGCCCUGCGGUUGCUCGGUGGCCUGGGCGGCAGACUGGACGGCUUCCUGGGCCAGUGGGAGCGGGCGCAGCGCGAGCAAGCUCAGACAGCGCGCGGGCUGCAGGAGCUGCGAGGCCGGGCUGAUGAGCUGUGCACGCUGAUGGAGCGCUCAGCAGUGUCUGUGGCUUCACUGAGGAGCGAACUGGAGGGGCUGAGCCCAGUGAAACCGAUUCUGGAGGAGCUGGGGCGACAAUUGCAGAAUUCUCGAAGAGGGUCUGACCUCACCAUGAACCUGGAUCGGACCUCCCAGGGCUCCUGUACACGCUGUGCCAGCCAGGGGCAGCAGUUGUCCACCGAGUCCCUACAGCAGCUGUUGGAGCGAGCGCUGACCCCACUGGUGGACGAGGUGAAGCAGAGGGGCCUGGCUCCUGCCUGCCCCAGUUGCCAGCGGUUACACAAGAAGAUUCUGGAGCUGGAGCGCCAGGCCUUGGCCAAACAUGUCAGGGCAGAGGCCCUGAGCUCCACCCUUCGGCUGGCCCAAGACGAAGCCUUACGGGCCAAGAACUUGCUGCUGACGGACAAGAUGAAGCCGGAGGAGAAGGUGGCCGCUCUGGAUUACCUACACUUGAAGAUGUGCUCCCUCCAUGACCAACUCAGCAACCUACCACUUGAGGGGGCCACGGGGACAAUCGGAGGAAGUAGUGGGGGGAGUCCUCCAAAACGGGGGGGCUCAGCCCCUGAACAAUAAACCGGCCCCUCAUGCUGGCA